AUGGUAUUUUUAACUUCUUUGGUUUCUGUCUUUACCAGCCAAAGAUUGCGACCUACAAUUCAUGAGAUAAUCACUACCAAGAUUAAAGCUCAUGCGGAACAUUUUAAUAGUUCAAUGCCUGGCAUUGACCAUGGUGCUCGAACAGUGACCACUGGUCUACACUAUUUAAAAGGACAAUUGGAGAGGUACCAAUUUCCGAAACAGAAACAUCAGAAUGGGAUAUCUCUGGCUGGAACGGUUCUGGCAGUGAGUCCUGUCUCACCUGUGAUGGCUCCCACGGGAAAGGCGCAGGCUGCAGCAAAGGAACUGCUUGAUUCAAUUUUGGACACUAUUGUUCGAAUAUUUGAGAACCAUGUUAUUGUCGGGGAGCUUCUCGAAUCAAAAUCUUCACAACAAAUUGACUUGAAUACACCAAAGUCAGUGGCAGCAGAUAUAAACUGGAACCCUGAUUCGGAGGCAUCUCAUGAUACUGGAGGUUACAGCAUUAGUUUUUCCUUGACAGUUUUGCAGAGUGAAUGCCAACAAGUCAUAUGUGAGGUUCUACGAGCAACUCCCGAAGCUGCAUCUGCCGAUGCUGCAGUACAAACAGCUAGACUUGCAAGCAAGGGCCCUUCUAAAGAAAAGAGGCAAGUAACCAAAUUUAGUUUUUAUGUGUUCACUGCAUUCUUUAGUCUGCUUUUAUUGUUUGUUGGGGUCUCUAGAUUUUCUCUUCCAUUUAAGCUUUAG